AUUUAUCACUUUUUUAAAAAAAAAAAAUACAAAAAGAAAACUUUGCAGCGAAUAUGGCGAGAACGAUGAAAGCAUUAGCCACAUUUCUGGUCUGUACGACCUUCGUCUUCACCUUCGCUCUAGCUCAGUCCACCUCUGUUCUUCCACAGCCUCAAUCUCUCACUUCCUUCAUCCCCAACAAUACCCACACCCAGAAUCAAGGGACCUGCUCUUUCACAGUAUCAAUCAAAACGAGCUGUUCUUCACCGAAAUACACUCGUGACGAAAUCAGCCUUUCAUUCGGCGAUGCUUAUGGAAACCAGGUUUAUGCGCCUCGGCUAGACGAUCCCCGUUCGAAGACUUUCGAGCGGUGCUCCACCGAUACAUUUGAGGUAUCAGGGCCUUGUACGUACCAGAUCUGCUAUCUCUACCUCUACCGGAGUGGUUACGAUGGUUGGAAACCAGAGACGGUCAAAAUCUACGGUUAUCACGUCAAAGCCGUUUCCUUCUAUUACAACACCUUCAUCCCUAACGGCGUUUGGUACGGCUUCAAUUUGUGUAACACCGCCGCUAGUUUAGCUUCCUCCGCUUAAGCUUAAUUAACUAAUUAAAGUACCAAAUAUCAUUUGCUUAGAGUUAUGUUCCUAGAAAUUUCGCCUUUAAUUUUCAAAUGAAUAAUAAAUGCGUGUUAAUUCAAUUUUA